CUGUGGGGUUUUUCGGCUUGUCAUAAGCAAGGGUUUCUGGGAAUUCUCGAAUAAGUGCUGAAUUUCUUCAAUAGUACUGGUUUCAAUCGUUCCAGUUGGUCGCCUUCACUUGAUUUUGCUGUUUCACCGCACUAAACAAUGGCUUUGAAGGUCAAUGCGUCUGCCACUCACUCCCCACAGAGCUUUCCAUUAUCUCAUGGGACUCAGUGCUGUACAUUGAGUUUUAGACCAAAUCAAUUAUGUAGAAAUACCAUGAAAGUAUUCUGCAGCAGAGGUAUGGCUGCUGGCCAUUCAGAUGGUUCUAGAAAACUCAUAAUCACUAAUAUCGCGGACAAGGCAAAACAAAUUUGGGAUAAAGCUCCUCAGCCGGUGAAGGAUUUUCCUUGGAAUAAAGCAUUGGAAAAUUUCGUGCAACUCAUUCUCGACCUUCUCCUGGCAGUUAUCAAAUACUUAUCUGUACCUCUAUUCGCCAUUACAUCGAUCAGUGAGAUGUCUUAUUGUGCACAUGAGAGGAAGCUGUAUCUGGUACCAUUACCAUUUCUGGCUGGAGUUGGUGUUGCUGGGGUACUGAGAAAUGCUGCUUUCGAAUCGUCUCCAUAUCUAAAGUAUGCUGAAGUUCCCUGGCAUCUCAUUGCUAUUGCAUUAGUUUUUGCAUUGCUUAAGAUUCCUGGUCCUUACUACCCGUAUUGGGGACGGAUUUUCAUUCCACAUUUUGCAAAUGGAGCAUUGUGGAGGACACUGUGGUUCAUGUUUCAAUGGUACCGGUCACCCCAAAGGAAAUCAGAAUUUAAUCAGCCUGAUUCUACGCUUUCCAAUCCCAAAGCGGAUGAUGCCCAAUAAAUUGAUGAUAUCCUUGCAUAGUUGUCUUAUUUUGCAGGUUUAAGGUAGUGCCUACAUCACGUUUGGAAUCUGUAGAAAGAACCUGAGUUGAGAUACCGAUGCUUUGUUUAGACAGAGGUUUUUGGAAUUUUGAAAGUUUGGAAAAAAAAAUAAAAAGUUAGUAUUUGAUUUAAUGUUUUGCAAGAGAAAAAAUGUAUUUGAUGUGACUUUUUUUUAAAAAAAUAAAUAAUGUCAAAUGAGUGAAAAUGUAUUUGAUGUGGCAAUUUUAGCU